AUGCCUUGGACAAGCCUUGUUAUAUCAUGUCUAGCUGUCUCGGGCGCCUAUGGAAGGAUUAUAGGCACCGAGGACACCCCAAAUUGUAAGAGCAGACAGGGUCUUGCGCCAGCAACGCUCAAGCAUCUUUUACAAACUGUCCCUGAUGCCGAUGAAAUACGCAAGUCAGCUCGCCGUUAUACCAGUGGGUCCCAUAUUGCGGGACAGGGUCUUGGACGCGCGCAGUGGACCCAGAAGUUGUGGGAUGAAAUUGGGAUCCCUAACACAAGCUUGAAAUCCUAUGAUGGGAUUCUGACUCUUCCCAAUGAGCACCGAGUAGCGUUGCUCGAUACAGAGCGCUCGGGAGAUCAAGUGGUGUAUGAAGCUCCGUUGAUUGAGGACAAUCCCCCAAAGGCUGCUGAUGGGGAGCAAUCAUUUAUGUCGGCUUUCUUUGCCUGUGCUGGGAAGGGGAAUGUCACUGCACGGUACAUAUUCGCCAAUUACGGAACGCGGAACGAUUAUGGCGAUCUGCUGCAGGCAAACGUCGACAUCGCUGGGAAGAUUGCCAUAGUCAAGUCGACGUAUGAGUCCGAGAUCUUGAAGAAGCAUAGGUUAGUAUAUCAUCGCUCCAAUCAGUUCACGGUCGCAAAGGAGAUGGGCCUCGCGGGACUACUCAUUUAUACAGACCCACAAAUGGAUGGGGAGAUUAUUGUAGAAAAUGGGUAUCAAGCAUAUCCGGAUGGGCCCGCCCGGCCCCCAUCCUUGAUAGAGAGAGGAUGGGUUGGUACUUGCAGUGGGGAUUCAAUACCCGCUAUUCCCAUUUCCUACGCAGAUGCAGUUCCUAUGCUCCGCGCACUCAAUGGCCAUGGCCCUCUGGCAUCAGAGUUCAACGACAGAUGGCAAGGAGGGGGGCUCACCUCCCAUAACGUUAAGUAUAAUGUAGGGCCUUCGCCCGGGAACGUCGUGUUGAACGUAUAUAACAGCCCAUAUGAAUGGGUUGGUCCUGUCCAUGAUGUCAUUGGGACUAUUCCAGGUUGCGUCUUUCCAGAGGAAGUGAUUAUUCUUGGAAGCCACCAUGAUUCCUGGGGUCCCGGUGCUGGGGAUGGAAAUAGCGGAUCUGCGGCGCUGAACGAAGUGGCACGAAGCUUAGCAACAGCCCUCAAAGAGGGGUGGCGACCAUUGCGGACGAUCAUCCUCGCCAGCUGGGAUAGCGAGGAAACAAGGCAUCAGGGAGCACGCGGCUGGAUCCAAGAGAAUGAGUCUUGGUUGAACAGUAGUCUUGCUGCUUACCUCAACGUGGUUGUGGCGGGCGCAGGUACCAAAUUUCAUGCCCAUGGAAGCCCACUGCUAGCGCAAGCCAUGCGCAACAUUACGAGCCAAGUCCAUGUACCUGGGAAUGACGGCAACAGUAUGCGAACCGUCCUAGAUGCUUGGGGAGGCAAGUAUGGUCUAGGUAGCGGCGGAGAUGCAUUAUCUUUCUUACAGUAUAUGUAUUCUGUCGUGGACUUUGGCUUCACACGAGGUCCAAAAGAUCCUGUUUUCCCUUAUCAUUCGCUUUUCGACACGGUUAUUUGGAUGGAAAAAUAUGGAGACCCCGGCUGGGAGCAUCACCUGGCGACCAGUAGGGUCUGGUCGCAGCUGGCGUCAUCGCUCGCAGACGAACUAAUUCUGCCUUUUCGAGCCCAGGACUACGUGCCCGUCUUCCGGGACGGUCUUGAAGCCAUCUCCUUGACUGAAAACCUAUCAUCGCACCUUGAUCUGACACCACUUGAGGUAGCAAUUACCGAAUUCGCGGAGGCUUCGGAGGCGUUUGACGCACGUAGCGACACUCUCGCCGAUCGCGCACGGCAACAGCCUUUUGACAACGGCUUUCAUCCCGAGAUCCAGGAUGUCAACCACCGGUAUAUUAAUUUCGAGCGGUUUCUCGCGGAUCCAGACCUGCCGUCAUCUUCCCCAUACCAUCAUCUUAUCAUUCAGCCUGCUCCCUACUACUUUGAGUCCGCCCCGUUCCCUGGCCUCUCGCAAGCCGUUACUGCUGGGAAUUGGACUCAAGCUGCUACAUAUCGUGACACGAUUGUGAACCAGCUCAAUAGGUUGACCACCUUUUUGCAGUGA